GCUUGCGUCAUGCAUUUGGCGACGCGACGCCAUCCGAUUUUGAUUUAAUCGACGACAGCGUCAAUGCAAUGAAAUCAGUAAUCGGUGCGCUGUAAAGCAAGGCAGGCCAGCUACUAGCUGCCAAGUGCCAGGUUUUUGAUACUGAGAUUAGAACCUAAACGCGUUCAGCAUGUCCGCCGAUGCUAGCUCGGCGGCAGCUGCUGCCAAUUUGGCCAAAAUCGUCAAUCUCAUUGGCUCCAAUGUUAGGGAAGAGGAACAACCACCGCAACAACAACAACAACAACAGCAACAACAACAGCCACGUCAACAGUCUGCGAGAAGCGCACGAAGUGUGCGUUUGGCCAGCGGAACACCGCGUCGAUCCACAUAUUCCUAUGUGCCAAAGUCCCCGCAACUCGAGGAUAUUGUGUUUGCGGAGCCAACGUGCUCGGAGCGCUUAGCCCGUUACUUUGUCAUCGUCGUCUAUCUAUGCGGUCUCUGUUGUCUGGGCUUCUUCUUGUCCAUCUAUCACAUUUUCUUCUGGGACUCGCGUAUGCCGCCCGUCUUCAAGGGACAAAAGAAAUCCCCAGCAUUUGGCUAG